AAGCCAAGCGGGCGGAUGCAGCGACCAGCUAAGUGCCAAAGACCGUUUCCAGCUGUGGCUGGUGCCGCCCACAGUGUGACAGACAGAUGCCAAGUUCCCAGGUCCACUGGCAGCCUUGCGCCAAGUGUGAAUUAUGGCCAAAGCUUUGUCUCUCCAGUGCAACACAGAGUAGCUCAAGGGAACUGUACCAAGAUGGCUCAGCAAAAAGUCCCUGAAGUCCUAAAUAAGGUGUUCAGCAUUGUGGACAAGAGGAAGACGGAGCUGAUUGACAUUUUGCGUGAGGCAGUGGCCAUCAAAAGUGUGUCCGGCUGGCCUGAUGCACGAAAUGAGGUUGUCCGGAUGAUCAAUUGGAUGAAAGAGAAACUAGAGAAGGAGGGUGCCAAAUGUGAGCUUAAGGAGCUUGGCGAGCAGACAUUGGCCGAUGGAACCAAGCUCAAGCUACCUCCUGUCCUGCUCGGCCACCUGGGUGCCGAUCCUGCCAAGAAAACUCUCCUUGUAUAUGGGCAUCUCGAUGUUCAACCUGCAUUACUGGAGGAUGGCUGGGACUCUGAUCCUUUUGUGCUGACGGAAAGAAAUGGCAAGCUCUAUGGACGUGGUGCUUCAGACGACAAGGGUCCAGUGCUGGGCUGGUUGCAUGCCAUUCGUGCAUACAAGGAAGCUGACGUUGAUAUUCCAGUGAACCUGAAGUUCGUUUUUGAGGGCAUGGAGGAGUCUGGCUCAGUUGGGUUGGAUGAGCUGCUGUACAGCCUCAAGGACACUGAAUUCUUCAAAAAGGUGGACUAUGUCUGUAUUUCUGACAACUACUGGCUCGGAAAGGACAAACCGUGCCUCACCUAUGGACUAAGAGGCCUGUGCUACUUUGCUGUUGAAGUUGAGUGUGCCAGCAAGGACCUCCAUUCAGGUGUCUUUGGAGGCUCUGUACACGAAGCCAUGUAUGACCUGACGCAUCUGAUGAGCAAACUGGUCGACCGCACUGGCAAGAUUCUGAUCCCAGGAAUUAUGAAUGACGUGGCCCCUAUCACUGACAAGGAGCGUGACCUCUACAAGAGCAUCGACUUUGACAUGGAUGGAUACUGCAAGGACUUAGGUGCUUGUGGACUCCUACACCCAACAAAGGAGGAAGUUCUAAUGCACCGCUGGAGAUUCCCAUCACUUUCUCUUCAUGGUGUGGAGGGUGCCUUUUACGGAGCAGGCGAAAAGACUGUGAUACCUCGCAGGGUAGUUGGAAAGUUUUCAAUUCGCAUUGUGCCUAAUCAAGAGCCAGCCAAGGUGGAGGUCCAGGUCAAAAAGUACAUUGAGGAACUGUGGAAGCAACAUGGAAGCCCCAACAGGAUCAAGGUCCACAUGGCUAGUGGUGGCCGGUGGUGGAUCAGCGACCCUUUCUCUCCAAACUUUGAGGCCGGCAAGGCUGCCACCAAGCAUGUUUAUGGUGUGGAGCCCGACAUGACAAGGGAAGGUGGCAGCAUCCCAGUGACACUGACACUGCAGGAGGUGACCAAGAAGAGCGUCAUCCUGCUUCCUAUGGGGGCCAGUGAUGAUGGAGCCCACUCACAGAAUGAGAAGAUCGACGAGCGAAACUACAUUGAGGGGUCCAAGCUACUGGCUGCCUACCUCUAUGAACUUGCUCAGUUGAAGUGAAGCUUCCCCUUACCUGCCCUUUCUGCUGUGACCGUUUUAUGAAAUGAACUCUCUACAGGCAUAUUUUGCCUAUUCACGUAGUUGUGGCUGCUUGCCAUAGAUGAGCGUAUAUUAUUAGCACUUCAGGCCUGUUGAGAAAUUAUGCUUCUUAGUCUCGAAAAUAUUUUAUUUACAAAAUAUGCAUGUGGAAAUAAUAGUCGGGCGUUUUAUACCAUUUUUAUACUCAAGCCUAAUUUGUUUUAAUUUUGACUCAUUUGAGAUUAUUUUAGAUGCACUCGUAUUUUUAUCCUAGACAAUGAGAUUGAGGUGUACUCGGUGAAAUAAAUAUUUUUUAUACAGUU